CGGUCAUAACGUGACAGGAUCCAGCUGAACCCAAACCGAGCAGCAGAGCAUCGGUGAACUUAUGAUCAGGCUGUGAUGCACACGGGUGACGCCGCGCUCCUCUAAGUCGCAUAACCAAAGACUGGCGUGGGAUCGGUCCCUACUGCGCCUCAUCUGGAAUAACGUCGGGGGAAAAUCCAGAAUUUUCAUUAGCGGGUGUUUGUUUAUUUUUUUUUUUUAAAGGAGGCGAGCAGUGUUGAGAAUAAUCCCCCUUGGGCAAACGUUUCCAUCGGAAGGGGGUUUUCUGUAGUUUGCAGAAGCCAGAGCAGAUUGAUUCCGGUAGAGAAUCUUCAAUUAUAGACUGUAAUAAGGAACCAUGGGAAAGCAGAACAGCAAGCUGACUCCCGAGGUGAUGGAGGAUCUGGUGAAGAGCACAGAGUUCAACGAACACGAGCUGAAGCAGUGGUACAAAGGCUUCCUGAAAGACUGCCCCAGUGGCAGGCUGAAUCUGGACGAGUUCCAGCAGCUGUAUGUCAAGUUCUUCCCUUAUGGCGACGCAUCGAAGUUCGCCCAGCACGCCUUCAGAACCUUUGACAAGAACGGAGACGGGACCAUCGACUUCCGAGAGUUCAUCUGCGCCCUGUCCAUCACAUCCCGUGGCAGCUUCGAGCAGAAGCUCAACUGGGCCUUCAACAUGUAUGACCUGGAUGGCGACGGCAAAAUCACCAGAGUGGAGAUGCUGGAGAUAAUCGAGGCUAUCUACAAGAUGGUGGGCACUGUGAUCAUGAUGAAGAUGAACGAGGACGGCCUGACACCAGAGCAGCGGGUGGACAAGAUCUUCAGCAAAAUGGAUAAAAACAACGACGACCAGAUCUCGCUGGAGGAGUUCAAGGAGGCGGCGAAGAGCGACCCGUCCAUCGUGCUCCUGUUGCAGUGUGACAUGCAGAAGUGAGCCCUCCCCAACCCCCGCCACCUCGCUCGCACCUCUCGCCCCCUCCCCACCACCACCACCACUGUCUGUAACCACACACUCUGGACAGCAGCUCACGUUUUAAUGUCUCAUUAGGUUCUCUGCCAUUUCCACAGGAAAACACACACACACACACACACACACACACACACACAAAAAACAAUGCUUGGACUAUUUUUCAAUGGACUCGCUUUUUGUGGUUGUAUGCAUGAGAAUGUCAACUGCUGAAUAAUUUUGAAUAUAGCUAUAAGAUAUCAUACAUUUCUAUUUCAAGACAUGCCAACGUGAUUUGUGCACAGUAACCCCACACAUUCCCAUCCGCCCCUAGCUUGUAUACCAGUGGAGCACUGCAUUAAAUUAUGUUUCUGCAGUAUUUAGGAUACCCCAGUGUUCACUGCUGCAACUACUGUACGCUUUACAUAAUAGUAACAAAACAAUAAUUCCUAUGAUAAUUGUAACUGUCUCUACUAUCCAGACUUGUUGAGCUCUUGGAGAAUAGAGAGGCUCCUGUCUGUUCCAGAUGUUUUCACACAGUGGAACCAAGAAGAGUAGGUUCUUUGCAUGCAUAUAUUAUGUGUCAAAAAAAAAGAAAAAGAAAAAAGAAAAAUAUAAUCUCUUACCUUUUGCAUCUUUAGGUGGUUAUAAAAGAGAAACCCUCAUACUAAAUUCAUUUAGUAUUGUUGCAUGGGCUGUACAGUAUGUGACUCAUUAGAUCAUUAGUUCACCUCCAGUAAUGUGGGAGCAUGCGUCCCUCCAUUCGACAACACGUCCAUGUGUGACACUUAAGUGUUCCAACGAUAUCCGGGUUGCAGUCGCGGGCUAAUCUCCGAGCGCGGAGCUUUCACAUGAACAUUACGUUUCGCUUCAGUGACUUCUGGGACGAGCAGAAAUAUAUUUACAGAGCACCCUUUGUGAUUAUAUUGCGCGACAGCCGCUUAAUCUAGAAGAAAGGCCAAAAUUACAGCUGUCAUUAGGGCAAAGUGCUCACGCAUUAGUCUCGGCAACAAUCCAAAAUUGGCUUUUUUUUUUUAAUUUCUCUUUUUUUUUUGUUAGUCGGGCUCCUUAUUUGAUUUAACUUUACUGGGUACAUAUCAACAUGUUUACAGAAACAAAGAGCACUGCAAAACGAGUACAGUCUUGGCUUUUUUUGACCUCACUGCUGGGAGCUCGCUCUCGAGGCCGGGGACCUUGUGAGAGGGGCUCCACUUCCAAAGCAGCAGAAAGAGUAGGUAGAAAAACAAAAACAGAAAAAAGAAUGACAGAAAUAAAAAGCCUCAUAUAUGUUUACUGGACACACUGCAUUCCUUGGUAUAAGACUUUUUUGUAAGGAGAAACUUUUUAUCGUAAGAUCUCAUCUUCUGAUCUAUUCCGUUCGUUCCGCAGCAGCAGCCAUUAAAGAUGCAGGACCCUAACGAGAGGCUUGAAAGAGAGAUUCUUCAGCUGGUUGACGAUAGAUUUUGAAGCUAGCGCAGAGAUUCUGUUCCUCGCCAUUUCCCCCAUUUCUAGGCUAUGCAAGCACGGGCCGCGUGCCCGCUUGUAGUCCACUCACAGCAGAGGAGGUCGCAGGUCGCUUUUCAUCGUUCUGUCCGUUCACACGACACAUAACUGAAACCCAAACCUCACUCUAUCAGUGUCUGUAUUAUUUACAAACUCCAGUCCUGUCACCAUGUCAAGAUUCUUUGUCAAGUAAAUGUUUAUAUCAAAUAUGAGAAAUCAUGAUACAAGUGACUGUAUUCUUUUAUACAUGUGGCAUGUGUUGCACCCGAAAUCAAAUCUGUAGUGAUUAAAACGAAUAAACCAUCAACGGGCUUUUUCAAAAGACA